UCCGGAGUGCGAGGCUCUUUUUCGCAGGUCUUUGUGCCCUCUGAGUAUGAACACAGCAUGAGGAGGUGUUUAGAGGAUCAGGAGGCAGUGUUCACCCCACAACAGCGCAGGCUUCCCAGCAGCGCCGAGGGCUUCCAGCACAGGGUUCUUGCCCCGGCGCCUGCCGUCUACGAGGCUGUGGCUGACGGCAUGCAGCCUACGCCGGGAAUACAGUAUCCUGUUACCCAAGGGUACAAGGUGCCCGCAGUAACCCAAAGCUCUGGUCAUGGUCACACCCCCAGCCCGGCGGUCCACAGCGGGGCUCACCUUCACAGUCCAGCGGUGCAGUCCCACGUUCCCGCUCCAGUGCAGGGCCACGCCCACCCUCCCGCCCCCUCUGCAUCUGCGCAGGGGCAGCAGCAGUUUCAGAGACUGAAGGUGGAGGACGCCCUGUCUUACCUGGACCAGGUUAAGCUUCAAUUUGGAAAUUAUCCGCAAGUCUACAAUGACUUUUUGGACAUCAUGAAAGAGUUCAAAUCACAGAGUAUCGACACCCCGGGUGUCAUCAGCAGGGUGUCCCAGCUCUUUAAGGGUCACCCCGAUCUCAUUAUGGGGUUCAACACGUUUCUUCCGCCGGGAUACAAGAUUGAAGUUCAGACCAACGAUUUGGUUAACGUGACCACGCCUGGUCAGAUCCAUCACAUCACGCCACAUGGCAUCACUGUGCAGAACAUCCCGACAGGAGCGGCUCCGCAGCAACAGAACCAGAUUCCUGCAAACCCAACCAGCACAGUUUCCACGCCACCCGCCCAGCCUGCGCCGAAAAGCAAGUCUCCUGGUCUGACUCCGAGCAGUCAUCCCAGCCCCUCUAUCCCCCCUUACGUGUCGCCGCGGUCGCCCCCACUCCAGCCCCACACCCCUGUCGGCAACACCCCCUCUGCCCCUCCACUGCAGAACAACCAGCCUGUGGAAUUCAACCACGCCAUCAACUACGUCAACAAGAUAAAGAACCGCUUCCAGGGCCAGCCAAACAUCUACAAAUCCUUCCUCGAAAUCCUGCACACAUAUCAGAAGGAACAGCGCAAUGCUAAAGAAGCUGGCAGCAGCUACACACCAGCAUUGACCGAGCAGGAGGUUUACGCCCAGGUUGCUCAGCUCUUCAAGAACCAGGAAGAUCUGCUCUCAGAGUUCGGCCAGUUUCUGCCUGACGCCAACAGCUCUGUGCUGUUGAGCAAGACUGCGGCAGAAAAGGCCGAAGCUGUGCACAACGAUCACGGUGGAACCGUUAAGAAACCGCAGCUCAAUAACAAACAGAGGCCCAAUCAGAACGGCUGCCAGAUACGCAGACACUCAUCUACAGCCGUCACCCCGCCUGUGAAGAAAAAGCCCAAGUUAUUUAAUCUGAAAGAUCCAUUUGUGGCAGAGGACGGCAAACACGGUGGGGGAACUGAAUCCCUCUUCUUUGACAAGGUGCGGAAAGCCUUGCGCAGCGCGGAGGCCUAUGACAACUUCCUGCGUUGCCUGGUCAUUUUUAACCAAGAGAUCAUUUCACGCGCUGAGCUGGUUCAACUCGUGGUUCCAUUCCUGGGAAAGUUUCCAGAGCUGUUUAGCUGGUUUAAGAACUUCCUGGGAUAUAAAGAGAUUUCACACUUGGAGACGUACCCCAAAGAGAGAGCAACAGAGGGCAUUGCCAUGGAAAUCGACUACGCCUCAUGCAAGCGUCUGGGCUCGAGCUACAGAGCUUUGCCCAAGAGCUACCAGCUACCCAAAUGUACCGGCAGAACACCACUUUGUAAAGAGGUGCUGAAUGACACUUGGGUUUCCUUCCCGUCCUGGUCGGAAGAUUCAACAUUUGUCAGCUCCAAGAAAACUCAGUAUGAGGAGCAUAUGUACAGAUGUGAGGAUGAGCGAUUCGAGCUGGAUGUGGUCCUGGAAACAAACCUGGCCACCAUCCGUGUGCUGGAGUCGGUCCAGAAGAAGGUGUCACGAAUGUCUGCCGAAGAGCAGGCGAAGUUUCGAUUGGACAACACUCUGGGCGGCUCCUCUGAGGUUAUUCACAGAAAAGCAAUACAGAGGAUAUAUGGAGACAAAGCAUUGGACAUCAUCGACGGGCUGAAGAAGAACCCAGCCGCUUCGGUUCCCAUCGUGCUGAAGAGGCUGAAGCUGAAAGAGGAGGAGUGGCGAGAAGCUCAAAGGGGUUUUAACAAGAUCUGGAGAGAGCAAAACGAGAAAUAUUACCUGAAAUCUCUGGACCAUCAGGGCAUAAACUUCAAACAGAACGACACUAAGGUUCUACGCUCCAAAACUCUUCUCAAUGAGAUCGAGAGCAUCUUUGAUGAGCGGCAGGAACAAGCUUCGGAGGAUAACGCCGCGGCCCCCACUGGCCCUCACCUGACGCUGACUUACGACGACCGCCAGAUCCUGGAAGACGCCGCAGCUUUGAUCAUCCACCACGUGAAACGGCAGAGCAGCAUCAACAAAGACGACAAAUACAAGAUCAAGCAAAUCGUCCACCACUUCAUCCCCGACAUGCUCUUCUCUCAGCGGGGGGUGCUGUCGGACGCGGAGGAGGAGGAAGACGACGAAGAAGAUAUGGACCUCGACGAGGGGGCGUCCAAGAAGCACAAUGGGCUAACGAGAGGAGCGAGCGGGAGCCCCACGAAGUCCAAAAUGCUUUUCAGCGUGUCCACUGCUCAACGGCUUCGCUCCUGCGAUGAUCCGUACAACCUGUUCUACGUGAAUAAUAACUGGUACAUCUUCUUCCGCCUGCACCACACGCUUUGUUCACGUCUGCUGCGGCUCUACAUGCAGGCCGAACGGCUGCUCGAGGAUGACCUGAGGGAGCGCGAAUGGGAGCGGGAGGUGCUCGGGCUCAAGCGAGAUAAAAAUGAGAACACGGCCGUCCAGCUGCGUCUGAAGGAGCCCAUGGACGUGGAUGUGGAUGAUUAUUACUCUGCGUUUUUGGAGAUGUUGCGCAAUCUGCUGGAUGGAAACAUGGAGGCGUCUCAGUACGAAGAGUCUCUCAGAGAGAUGUUCACCAUUCACGCUUACGUCGCGUUCACCAUGGACAAACUCAUCCAGAACAUUGUUAGACAGCUUCAGCACAUAGUGAGCGAUGAGAUUUGUGUUCAGGUCACAGAGCUAUACCUGAAUGAGAGCAGCCACUCGGCCACAGGUGGAUCUCUGCUCACUCAGAGCAGCAGAACAGCUCCGGAAACAUCUUACCAGCGCAAAGCCGAACAACUCAUGUCUGACGAAAACUGUUUUAAGUUGAUGUUUAUGAAGAACAGAGAAAACAUUCAGCUCACAGUGGAGCUCCUGGACAACGAGGAGGAGAAUUCAGACGAGCCAAUGGAGAUCGAAUGCUGGUCAGAUUACGUCAUGCGUUACCUGUCGUCCGAUUUCAUAUCUCCAGACGUGAGAGAUCAUCUGGCGCAGAAGCCGGUGUUUCUGCCGAGGAACCUGCGGCAGAUUCGUAAAUGUCAGCGUGACCAUGAGUCUCAGGAGAAGGAGGUGAAAGGAGGAGACAAAAAGGAGAACUCCGACAACAUGAGGAUGGAGUGCAUGUUCAAACUGAACUCCUACAAGAUGGUGUACGUCUUCAAAUCAGAAGAUUACAUGUACAGACGCACGGCACUGCAGAGAGCCCAUCAGUCUCAUGAGCGAGUGAGCACCCGUCUUCACCAGCGGUUUCACGCCUUGACCCAACGCUGGGCGAAGGAGCACGUGACCAGAGACAUGGCCGCCGAGACCAGCAAGUGGCUGAUGGGAGAGGGGCAUGAAGGACUGGUUCCCUGUUCCACCACCUGCGACCCCGAAAUCCUUCACUUCCAGCGUAUUAAUAAGUACAGGGUCAAAUACGGCAGCAGCCACAAGAGCCAGUGACAUCAGAUAGCAGGGGCGGGGCUUGCACGGAACAUGACGGAGCCAGGCUAACCUGUCUUGUUUGUCCUGUGACAUCAACACACAUUUAAAGAUUUUUAACAGUGUUUUUUCCUUUUUAUAAGCUGCAAAAAUCACACGUCCCCAAGUGCCAAAACACGGGGCACCUGUCAGUCAAACCUGGUCCGGACCAAUCAGCACAGCUCUUAAUACAGACCUGCCCUCUGACCUGAUAUUAAGAUCAGAUCCGUGUUCUGUAGCAUUUAAACGCCAGUUGAGGAGAAAGUGUGUUUUUUUGCUGGAUUUGACAGUGUCUGUCACAUUCGCAGGCAGCAGAUCUAAAUCUGAUAGCCGACGUGUCUGAAUCAGACUUGUUGGUUUAGAUUCACCUAAAUGACUUUUUAUGGAUAGAAAAAUCUGUGGCAAUUCCUCUAGUUUUGGAAUAAGUGCACUUAACUUGAACACGAGCGAUUUAUUCUGCCACAUUUCAAGGAAAACAAAUAUCUAAGGUUCAAAGAAAAUUUCAUUGUAAUAUUAGUAUAACAAAUACAUUUUUAUUUAAGAUAAAGACAAAAAAUAAAAAAUGUGACUGCAAUAAAAAUCUCGGGCCUGUGUGUCAAGAAUCGGAAAGCAGGUUUGUGUCUCUAAAUGAAGAUGAGAUCGCGCUUAUCUCUGCACAGUACACCAGCUUACAUGUCAAACACACACAAGCAGUUCAGCGGUUUUGUAAAUAAAAUGUAAAUAUUGCCAGACCUUUUUUAUUCCAGAUGUGCAUGUUGUGUUUAGUACAUUAGUGUGACGUCUUGAGAGAACGUCGCAAGAGCCCACAUGGAAAGCGAUGAAAAUGCAAGAUGGUUUAUUACAGUUUUUACCAAAGGGAGUCGAUUGUUGAAGUUGGGUUGUGUUGUGUUUUCUUUUUCGUGUGUUACCCUUUUGUUUUUCGCUUUUCCUUUGACUGUUUUUUAUUAGGAAAAUGUUACUUUUCAAAAAUAUAAAUGUAUCCAGGUUCUUGUUUUUGAAAUGGUAGUUUUUAUAAGAUAAAAAAGCAUUUUAAUUUUUGAUGUUUAAUAUGGAUCUUGUUUCUGUACACUUUUAUCACUGACCGUUUUCAGCUCUGGCAAACACACACACACACAAAUACACAACUGUAUGAAUGUAAAGGUCUUCAUUGUUGUCAGAGGUUCCGGUCUUGACUCUGGAUAGAUUUCUGCUGGACAAAUCUAAAUAUAAAUAUAUAUACACAUUUUAAAAA